AUGAAACGCAAAGCAGAUACCGAGGCCAACGGCCAGAAUGGCAAAAGCAUUCUUAAGAAGCGUGCAAAGACUAUUGUCUCAGACGAAGAGAUCCAGAAAAGCUUCCGAAACGGACUCUUUGACAAAGACGUGCUCGGAAAAUACACCAAGGAAUAUGCAGAUUCAGAACCCUACAAACACAGCGUUAUCAACUCUCUAAUCGACGACGAUCUCCUCCGCACCGUCCGCAACGAAAUCCGCGAAAACGUCCACUUCACACCGAAAGAGACCGAUAUCUACAAAAUCCACCAAUCUGGUGAUCUUGCCAACCUCGAUGGAUUGGAUGAUGGAGCUUUGGAGAAGCUGCCGUCUUUGCUGAAGCUGCGGGAUGCCAUGUACUCUUCUGCGUUCAGAAACUACGUUUCUGCGAUCACAGGCUCGGGGGAAUUGAGCGGCAGGAAGACGGACAUGGCUAUCAAUGUUUACAUACCUGGUUGCCAUCUGCUGUGCCAUGACGACGUGAUUGGAAGCCGGAGAGUCAGUUAUAUUCUGUACUUGACAGAUCCAGAUGUGCCCUGGAAGGAGGAGUGGGGCGGGGCAUUGAGGUUGUUUCCCACAGAGACAUUCGAAGAUGAGAAGGGAGAAAAGACUGUUACGCCGAGCCCUGAGGUUUCCAAGGUCAUUCCGCCUGCAUGGAAUCAACUGAGCUUCUUUGCCGUUCAGCCUGGCCAGAGCUUCCAUGAUGUCGAGGAGGUCUAUCAUGCAGAGACCAAGGAGCAAUUAGAGAAGGACAGGGGAAGGAUUCGGAUGGCCAUCAGUGGAUGGUAUCAUAUUCCUCAAAUUGGCGAAGAGGGUUACGUCGAAGGAGAAGAAGAGAAAUGGGGCACGAACAGUAGCCUACAACAAUUACAAGGGAACCCGGAUCGAUACGAUUUCCCCAAGUCGACCCCUGUUAUUCUUGAAUCACCAGUCGAGCCCCAUAUAGAGGAAGGAUUGGACCCGGCGGAAUGCGAUUUCUUGAUCAAGUAUAUGGCCCCGGGUUACUUGGUCCCUGAUACGUUGGAGCAGGUAGCGGAGCAGUUUGUUGAGAUAUUCAGCGUGACUCUGGAUGGACUUUUGUCAGAUAAAUUCUCGGCUCGAGUUCGGGAAUACAUCGAGGCUCAAGAGGCAAGCCUGGAGGCGGAGAGAUCUUGGGAUAUUGCAAAACCUCCUCACAAACAUCGGUUCUUGUAUCGACACCCUUCGGAGACUCUAGACGAAUCGAAUCCGCUACAUGAGCUCCUGGAUGUCUUUCUACCCAGUGCGCAGUUCAGGAAAUGGCUAGCCCUUGCGACGAAAUGCACUCUGCAAAGCUAUGAAUUGUUGGGAAGGAGAUUCCGUCGAGGACAGGACUAUGCACUUGCGACUAGUCAUGAUGGUGAGCCAAGAUUAGAGAUCAGUCUUGGUUUGACGCCAACUCCGGGCUGGGGUGCUGAAGAGGCAGCCGAAAGUGAGGAAGAUGACACUGACGAGGAUGAAUCGACGAAUGGGACAAAAGAGAAAACCAACGGUAAAUCAAAGACGAACGGGAAGCAAGAGGAAGAGGAGCCACAAGAAGACGAUGUGGGAGGUCAUGAAGUCUAUAUGGCAGGCGACGACGAAGAAGACAACGAAGAUGCCGCUAUCUACAAGACGUCCGAUGCGGAUGAGGACAAUGUUCUAUUCGCAAUGCCGGCAUCGUGGAAUACUAUGAGCAUAGUCUUGCGAGAUAGCGGGGCCUUGAAGUUUGUCAAGUACGUCAGCAGAAAUGCUAAGGGGGACAGAUGGGAUGUUAGUGGGAGUUUUGGGGUGGUUCUUGAUGAGGAUGAAGGAGAGGGGGAGGAGGAGAUGGUCACUUUGGAGGAGAGCAGCGAUGAUGAGGUGUUUAGGGGGUUUCCGGACUCUGAGGAUAGCGAUUCGGACUGA